UUCGCCUUUCUCUGGCUCUCGCGUCUCGCCUCGUCUUCCCCAACUACCUUCCUCUCUCCUUCACCACCCGCGUCGGCACCAAAUCCCUCCACGCCUCUCGAUCCCUCGCCGUCGCCAGCGUCGCAGCUAAAACUCUACGUCGCUCUGGUGGCCGCCUCCGGGUACGUAAAGAAUUAAUUACCAUGAGCUCUCUCUGCCCUUUCGCAAAAGCUACCACUGGUGGUGGUGGUGUAUGCCCCAUGAAAUCUGACAAGAACAGCAGCACGGUCAAAUCUAACAAGAAUGACAGCAGCAGUGUAUGCCCAGUAACCGGCAAGAAUAACGGCGAAGAGCACAAGGAAAGUGGCACCGACCAUGCCGGAGAAGAGAGUCCUGACCCUCGUAUGGUGCCUGCCAAGUGCCCCUUUGGCUAUGACUCCAACACGUUCAAGCUCGGUCCCCUCAGUUGCAUGGUCUGCCAGGCACUGCUCCAUGACACAAGCAAAUGCAAACCAUGCUCGCAUAAGUUCUGCAAGACAUGCAUAUCACGAUUUAAAGACUGCCCGUUAUGUGGUGCUGACAUAGAGGGGGUCGAGCCAGAUCCCGAACUCCAGGCCCUUGUUGAUCGCUUCAUUGACGGCCAUGCCCGAAUCAAGAGAUCACUUGCUGGAGGGGGCGUGGAAGAAGUCGAUGGCAAGAGCAAGGUGAUAUAUGAGGAUGUCUCCAUGGAAAGAGGUGCUUUUCUGGUGCAGCAGGCUAUGAGGGCUUUUCGUGCACAGAACAUUGAAAGUGCCAAGUCAAGGCUCAGUAUGUGUGCAGAAGACAUCAGGGAGGAGUUGAAAUCUGCAGAAGAUAACCUAGAUCUAUGUUCUCAGCUUGGGGCAGUCUUAGGAAUGCUUGGGGAUUGCUGUCGGACCUUGGGAGACGCUUCUUCAGCGAUCACUUACUAUGAAGAAAGUGCUGAGUUUCUCUCAAAAUUGCCCACAAAGGAUCUUGAGUUGGUCCAUACACUCUCAGUUUCACUCAAUAAAGUUGGAGACCUUCGCUACUAUGGUGGGGACCUACAAUCUGCAAGAAGUUACUAUGCUCGUUCAUUGAGUGUUCGCCAAAAGGCAGUAAAGGAACACCCGUCUGUGGCCUCCCAGGUAAUUGAUCUAGCAACUUCUCUAGCCAAAGUCGCGGAUGUUGAUAGAAAUCUAGGUAACCAAGAUGCGGCAGUCGAAGGUUUUGAGGAAGCCAUCAAGUCCCUUGAGAAGUUGAAUCUGGAUUCUGAGCAAGCUGGUCUUGAGCAACGGCGCCGCUCCGUUCUUGACUUUCUGCACAAACAGUUGGAUUCGAAGUAAUGCAGAUGGUCUGCCAGGCCGAGGUAUCGUUGGGGGAGUACAAGUCUGAAGACCAUGCAUCGUCGAUCAUAGAUCUAAUACCAACAUAUUAGUCUGCACCGUAUCAUGCAUGCUGUUUCGCUUCUGCCAGUGUAAAUGUGCUGGUCUUGUAUAUGCACCAUCGUGUAUAACUUCAUGUGCAUCUCUGCUGCUUAUAAAGUCACCAACACAUUCAUUUCUAGAUCUACACAGACCUUUCCCAUCUCACAAUUAACAAACAAUUAGGUGAUU